AUGGCUCAAACUCUAUCGUUUGGUGACUCAUGUGCUCCGAUAACUUGUCAUGCUUGGAACAAGGAUAGAACCCAAAUUGCCUUCUCACCUAACAAUAAUGAAGUUCAUAUUUAUCAGAAAGAAGGAAGUGAAUGGAAACAAACUAAUAAUUUAGUUGAGCAUGAUUUAAGAGUUAUGGGCAUUGAUUGGGCCCCAAAUACCAACCGCAUUGUAACAUGCGCUGUUGACCGCAAUGCAUAUGUUUGGACUCAAGGUGAGGAUGGCAAGUGGACAACUACUCUUGUGUUGUUGCGUAUCAACCGUGCUGCUACUUGUGUGAAAUGGUCUCCAAUGGAAAACAAGUUUGCUGUGGGCUCAGGUGCAAGACUUAUUUCAAUAUGCUAUUUUGAAAAAGAAAAUAACUGGUGGGUUUCCAAGCAUAUUAAAAAACCCAUUCGCUCAACUGUUACUACAUUAGAUUGGCACCCAAAUAAUAUGCUAUUAGUAGCUGGUUCUGCUGAUUUUAAAGUAAGAGUUUUCUCUGCAUACAUCAAAGAUAUCGAAGAUCAACCUGGUCCAAAUGUGUGGGGAUCAAAGCUACCACUGGGCCAAUUAUUGGCAGAGUUCCCCAACUCUCCAUCAGGUGGUGGUUGGGUGCACAGCGUUUCCUUUUCAGCUGAUGGAAACAAAGUUGCUUGGGUAGGACACGAUAGUUCAAUUAACGUUGCUGAUGCUACACAAGGCAAGGCCGUUAUCAAACUUAAGACUGAAUAUCUGCCAUUCUUGGGUUGUAACUGGAUCACCAACAAUUCCCUUGUUGUGGCAGGACAUAGCUGCAUUCCAUUACUGUAUAGCCUUGAAGACAAUGAGAUUAAAUUUGUUGCCAAAUUGGAUAAUACUCAAAGGAAAGAGUCUGGUGGGUUGUCAGCCAUGAAGAAGUUCCAGUCUCUGGACAGACAGGCUCGUAUUGAAACCAAUGACACCUUGUUGGAUUCUAUUCAUCAAAAUGCCAUAACUACUAUAAGCCUUUAUAAAGGAACCAAAGCAAAUGCUGUUAAGUUCAGCACUUCCGGAUUGGAUGGUCAGCUGGUCAUUUGGGAUCUUGAAUCUUUGGAGCAGAGCAUUGAAGGACUGAGGAUUAUCUAA